CUGCCUCACGUGACGGUGCUGGGUGCUUCUAAAGCUUGGUUCACAUGACUGGGUGUUCCUUCCUCGUAUUAAGGACAUGAAAGGGAGCGAUACUGUCCGACUUCUGGAACCUGCUCCGAAUACAGGACCACGAAUAUGAAACAUAUUAAAUAACCGCCAAAUAAAGGGGACAGAAUAACAGGAAAAGGAAGGUCGAUCUUUACUUUUCGGCUUGUUGUUGCAUUUCCUGGACAGCUGUUUGGACAAGGCGGAGCGGUGUGCGCGUUGUUUGUGCGCUAUCCAUUAAACUGCACUCUGAGAACUCUGGAUUUGAAACAUGACUCCAACACAUCCAUGCGUUGUCGGGAUCGCCUGCUUUGCGAUUCUAGGUUGCGUGACAGUAGCCCAGGCUCUGGUCACUCUGGAGGUGACAGAGGGAAACUCCACCUGUAUAAAAGCUGAACUCUCCGCCUCCUUCUCCAUCACCUAUGACACAGCCAACGGCACGCGUACGGUGAUGGUGCCCCUCCCAGGGUCGGCGGUGGUGGGUGGGGCCAGCUCGUGUGGGGGUGACGGCCGCUCCCCCUGGCUCGUGGCGCUGUUUGGGGAUGGCCACACCCUGGGCCUCAGCUUCUCAUCCAAUAACAGCCUGUACAGCGUAUCUAACCUCACCCUGCAGUACAACCUCAGUGAUGUCACUACCUUCCCAGAGGCCAACAGUACCGAUGUGGUAACUGUGGAGACGACCUCUGUGGGGAUGGUUGCUAGGGUCAACACCACCUACAGAUGUAUCAGCGUCUCACCUGUCAUUGUGGGAGGAGCCACCGUCACCUUCUCAAACGUCAAGAUGGAGGCCUACAUGACAGGAGAUGAUCUGAGCCCCAACGAGAGUGUGUGUACUGCUGACCAGAACUCCCCCACAGCCCCCCUCCACCCCCCUUCCACCACCACAGCAGCCCCCGUCCCUGUCCCCACCCCCGGAACCCCCAACCAGGGCAGCUACUCCGUCUCCAAUAGCAACGGGACUGUCUGUCUGUUGGCCCGCAUGGCACUGCAGCUGAACAUCUCCCACUUCUCUGCCUUACAGAAUAAGACUAUCCAGGAAGUAGUAAACCUGCUGCCCAAUCAGACGACCAGCUCAGGAUCAUGUGACCCCUCCAGCGCCACCCUGGUGCUGACGCAGGGCGGAACCACCAACCUCAGCUUCCUGUUUACUCUGAACACCACGUCUAACAGGUACCACCUCAGUGGUCUGUCUGUGGUCGCAGCUUGGUCUGACAUGACAGCCCCGUUCAACACCAGUAACAGUAGUCUGGACUACCUGCGUGGCUCCCUGGGGCGUAGCUACAUGUGUAGUUCAGAACAGACGCUGGCUGUAGACCAGAACUUCUCCCUCAACACCUUCCAGCUGCAGGUCCAGCCCUUCGGCCUCACCAGAGGACAGUUUGCACAAGCGGAGGAGUGUCAGUUGGAUCAGGACAACAUGUUGAUCCCCAUCGUCGUGGGAGCAGCUCUGGCCGGCCUGGUUCUAAUCGUUCUCAUUGCUUACCUCAUCGGCAGGAAGAGGAGGCCCGCUGGAUACCAGACCAUCUGAGAACACUGACACACAGGCUGCUUGUCUCUCAAAUAGCCCCCUAUUCCCUAGAUAGUGCACUACUUUUGACCAGAGGCCUAUGGAGCCUUUCCAGACAUACUGCAGAGAGCCGGACGCUCCAACCAACGACUGCUACUGAUGACUGACCGGACCAUGUACAAACCAAGCCCUCUCUGCAGCGUGUGUGUGUGUGUGUGUGUGUGUGAGAGUGAGUGUGUAUCCUCUAUGUAUUGUUAUUCACAGCAGCUCAUCCUCUGCUACCUACUAACCGACUACUGCCUGGUCAAACCUACUAUCCCCCUCGUCUCUCUCUCUCUCUAACCCAUCUCUACUGCAGCUGGCUCAGUAUACCCUCAUUUUAGUUCUAAUCUCAUUUCAUGUUUGACUUGGGUGGAUUUUCGCUUUGAAGUAAUUGAAUGAUUUUUUUUCAUCAAUUGUAAUUUUUGUGUAAAUUACAAUUAAUCUGACAUUAUAUGGUAUUAAACUCUUAUGGAGGAGGGGGUCUUUCCUAGAACCACAUCUUGUGAUUGGCUCAAACACACAACAAGCUUUCCUUCCUUCCUCCCUCAUCUCCUUUCCUUCAUGACCACCAUCUUUUCUAUGACAUCACCUGGGAGGCCCGAAGACUCCUGUGAAAAGGGAAACUUGUGAAUGUCUGUCUAAUAACCCCACUCUGGUUAGAAAUACUGACCUAAUUAUCUUGUAGGUCACAAGAACAUUUGAAAGGCCUUAGGAGGGGGGGGGGGGUGUGCUGUGUUUGGGUUUUACUCAAUUUCAAAACAAAGGGUUGUGGAUGGCAUAAGACUGAGGAAUGUAACAAGGUCAAGGUGUUACAUGAUGGAUGUGUUGAAUUGGGCAGAAAUGGGUAGAUGCAUUGUUUUCUAAAAGCAGGGGGUGUAAUAUUGUCUAACUCUUCCCCUCUCCUCCCAUGAUUGUGUUAAUAUCGAUUUGUAGCGAGUUUAUAUUUUAUUUUUGUAGAGAAUGUUUUGAUCAUUUUUCUAUUAUGCAUCCUGCUGAGGUCAAUAAAAUACAUUUGAAACUCU